UCCAUGUAGAGGGACAUCAUGAAGUUUAUGAGAUAUCAGUUAUGUUUGGGAUUUCUUCUGAAUGUAGUGAUACAUUUAUAUCUUGUUAUGGGUAUAACAGAUACUGAAGAGGAUUAUUUAAGCCAGAAAAAUCUGAAGAAAUUAGAAAAGACCCUAGGAAAGCUUGCUAUAAAGAUACAGAACAACAGCUGUCAUCCACUUCCAUCCUCCAUCAGAGAUUGCAAUACGAUUGACCAAGAGGGAAGCUACAUUCGAGAAAAUUGUCAACAUGAAGACAAGUCUUGCUAUUCUUGGAAAAUUGCAUUCAUUUCCGGAGGGAAGAAAUUCAUGGUCUUCUUAGGAACUAAUGAUUCUUUGAACAAGAAGAGAGAUUUCAAAAUUACAUGUAUUGAAACAGAUUCACAGGAUACUGCGAUUGAAAAUUCGUCAGACCAACAAGAGCUUGAUGCUGAAACAGAUAAAACGUUCGUGCAAUGCUGGAAAACGCAUAGAGCAAAAAUUAUAGAAGGAUGUAAAAAAGGUUUGAAUUUCAAUCCUAAUUGUGCACAAAACAUCUAUAUAUCGGGCAACUCUCCCAAAUUUCGUGGUGUUGGUAUCCUAGUGUUUACACAUCUUCUUGUGGCAGCCGUUGGGGCUGGAAUUUUAUAUCUUGUUCUAAAAAAGCUUGGGCGAUUAAUGAAGACUGAAAAUAAAUCCGAGGGAAACAAAGGAUUUUAUAAUGCUUCUUACAGUCAACAGGAAAAUACAGGACGAAUCACUAUUCCGCGCUCAAGCAAUGACUACGAUGAAGAGCUCUAUCACGAAGUAGAAGGCAAAACGCUAACACUUCCAUUUGAAAAUCAUACAAAAUCGAAUUCUUUCACGGGGAUUGGAUUAUCACAAGAUCGGAAGCUCUACAAACUACCGGAUAUUCCACGAGAACCUGAAAAAGAUGAGUAUGAAUACCUAAUUUCUCAUAUUGGAAAGGAUGGUUUACAGAUAGACAGUAAUGUGAAUUAUACAGGAUUAAAUCCAGAAGAUCACAAGAAAGCGUCCUCAGCAGGAGAUCAAGUUGAUACAAAUCAUGAUAUUUUGGAUAACAGUCCAAAGGUUACUUUCGCUAUUGAGGACAAAACUGAUGAAUAUUUUGUUCUUGAGAAAGAUAAUGACAUGGAUCUCAAGUGAAGAUUAUAAUAAUAAUAAUUAUGAAUAAUAUACAAACGUGCUAAAUGUUGACAGUAAUGCAUGUACAUAGUUUACAUGUAUGAACAUUAACCGUUUAAACUACUCACUUACACAGGUAUAUGACUCUUCUUAUAGUCAGCGAUCGAAUGGCAGUAAACAACAGGAAGAAUCAUUUUUUGGAUGUACACAUGAUGUAUAUAAAUUAUAAUACACUGUACAAAUGGAAUCCGUGAAUGCAAAAAUAAAAACUUAAAGCCCGAAAUAUGCAUUAAUAUUUAAUCCUGAAAUUUUUAGUACACAUACAAAUAAU